CAGACUUUGGGUCCUUUCAAAAACACGGGAACAACCUCGUGUAUAACUUCAUGUACCUCUCCUAACAUUUUUGCUUUAUUUACWGUUAAAAAACGAAAUUCGUUAUGGACACUGAUAAUAAUCCAACAACGGAGGUAGUUGCUACUACUAUGGACAGUGAAGACACAACAGAAGCGUUCGUAAAGGUGAAAUCAAAGAAGACAUCGAAGCGAAAACGCGAGAUGGAUGGAGUCGAUAUGGAGGCACAGGACUCCGUAGCAUGCAAGCGGCCUCAGUUUCCACCCAUUUCAGGCGACAAACUUAAGGGUGGUUCUGAUGAGAUGCGUAAGGUGGCUGUCCCGGCCCACAGGUAUACCCCUCUGAAGGAGAACUGGCUGAAGAUAUUCACACCCAUCGUCGAGAACCUACAGCUCCAAGUCAGAUUCAACCUCAAAACCAGAAAUGUGGAAAUUAAAACAUGUAAAGACACACAGGACAUUGGCUCUCUCACGAGAGCUGCAGACUUCGUCCGAGCCUUCGUUCUGGGAUUCCAGGUUGAGGAUGCCCUUGCUCUCGUCAGAUUGGAUGAACUUUUCCUAGAAACCUUUGAUGUCACAGAUGUAAAACCACUGAAAGGAGACCAUUUGUCCAGAGCUAUUGGGAGGAUAGCAGGGAAAGGAGGCAAAACAAAAUUCACCAUUGAAAAUGUGACCAAGACCAGGAUUGUUCUGGCAGACUCAAAAGUACACAUAUUAGGAUCUUUCCAGAAUAUUAAGAUGGCACGGACAGCGAUAUGCAACCUCAUCUUAGGAAGUCCCCCUUCUAAGGUGUACGGUAACAUCAGGGUCGUGGCCAGCAGGACAGCAGAGAGAUUCUAAAAGUCACACAUGGAUUUAUAUUCUCGUCGCCUGAUGUAAGUCAGGUAUUCACCAAGAUUCUGAUCUUAGACCAAUUUUGCCUUUUUAAAACACAAGGUAAUAUGGAUGGGUGGACCUGGUCCUAGAUCAGCACUCCUGAGACGCUUUUUGGAUGUGGGCCCUUGCCUGACAUCUUCCAGGACUUUUGUUGUUGAAGCUGGACAUUUUGACCUGGGAGGUGUCUACCUGCCUUCGACAUCUGGACUGGUCUGUCUCUUUCCACAGGGGAUAUUUGCAUGAAAAUGAUUUGCCCCUUUUUCCUAAUUGUCUUUUGGAUUUCAAUAAAAUCUUAUUGUUUGAAUCUGAACCUAAAAAUAUUUGGAGGCCAACAAUUAAUUGUUACAAAGUGAAAAUUUGAGUUACUGUAAAUAAAAAUUCAGAAACCCUAA